AUGGCGCGAUUGACGAUUUUAUUCACUGUUAUUCUACAGAUCUCUUUAAUCUAUGCAAACAUCGACAUCGACGAUGAUGACGACCAAGAACAGUCACUGAGACAUGUUUUGAAAAACAAACCCAUCGAAGAACCCAUCACAGAAUUUAGGUCAAUCGACACGGAAUGGAUGGAUCUGUUCACGCUGCCAAAAAAUACUGCAUUCCCAUCGACAUCAUCUGCAGCUAAAAUGGCACAAGUUUUAAACACUGACAAAACAGCCGAACAACAGUUAGAAGAUAUGAAAGAAAUGGCAAAUGAAAUAACUCUUUCUAUCCAGAACGAAAUUGCGCAUCUAUUAUCUUUAGCUCUUAAGAACACAGAGAAAGAGUUACAAGAACACAACUCAAGAAAAAAAAGAUCCCCUGAAAGCCCCGUGGACUGUACUCGAUUUAUCUUGAGAUUACUUAACCAUAUAAAACUCUGCAACGAGCAUCAAAACAUAGCUAUCGAAAAGAUGAUGACUGCUCAACAGAUCGCUGAUAAGUUUGGAAUCGAAUUCACUCCUGAUCCGGAUAUAUUCUCUGAGCUCGCCAUUGCAUCGAGCAAGCAAACGGAAGACUUGGCUAAUAUUUUACAGGAUGCUUAUAAAACUAAAAACAUUACCAACGAAAUAGAAUUCAUACCAUUAGAGGAGGAACCUAUUCAGAAUCCCAAUGAAAAUAAUACCUAUUACGUCUACUCAACUCAUGUACCAAAAGAACAGAUCGCUGAACAACUAGAAACUCCACCUCAGUAUGAAUUCAUUCCCGAACACAUCGAUUCACAGUUGCCCGUCAGCCAUAUUCAUUAUGAGCCUACACAGUACAGCUACUAUUUCAAUAUUCCACUUGAAACUCAAAUCCCAGCUCCCGUGCAUGCUCCCGUCAGUUACAUGCCCAAGUUCUACGAACCGCCAAUGUUUACACCAAUGGAACACCAUCCGCAUUACUACCCAGAGCCGAUUACCAAAACUACAACAAUAAUUCUGCCUAUUGACGAGCCAAAAGAGCCUGAACCUGAACUUAUAGGAGAAGAAUUUGAAGAAACUGUUACUUCUAAGGUAAUGGUAGAUCGUGGAGACGAGCCUGGGUCGUCAACUGUGAAUCAUGUAAUGACGUAUACUAUAUCAGAGAAGUCCCACUUUAGAACACCACAAAUUGAAAAUUUACCCCAACAAAUGCAAUAUUAUUUCUUUUUGAUGUAA